AUGCUAAACCUGAGAAUGGCCAAGGGUGAUAAUGGUGAUAAUGCAUCUUCUGCUAAAGGAGGUUCAGGGAAAUCUGCUUUAAAAGAUGUGAUGGAGUUGCUUACCGACAUAUUAACUGAACUUGAGAUGAAGCUUGAAGACCUGGAGCAAGAAAUGACAACACCAAGCUCUUUUACAAGUGAGGUUUUGAUUGCCUCAAAGGCAAGUGGAGGCCAGAGCGCUGGCAAUUUCAAGUCAAGAGCUGCAUCUUCUCCAACUAAAUCUUACCGCAGCAGCAACUGCAAGUACUAG